AUGGUUCCAACGACUCCCUCUUACUUCAAAGUCUUUUCAUUUUCAUUAGCUGCGGCCAACCGGUUGAACGUGGGCUUGGUUGACGGCCUCUCGUCUCCAUAUAUGCCCCAGGUUCCAUCCGGAUUCUACAAAAACCCUGAAAAUCAGCCCUCCCAUCAAAUGGAACCACGGCGGCAGCAUCAUCAACAACAACAACAACAACAGCAGCAGCAGCAGCAAUUACAGCGACAACAACAACAGCAGUCUCAUCAUCGUCAAAAACAACAAUUUGUAUACACAAACCCUCAGGCCUACCGUUUUGCCUCUGAACCAGGUACAGCACCGGUUUUCCCCCCAGAUUUUCGCCUUCACCCAUCGUCCAGACGUUCGGGGCCAGAGUUCCUUGCCCCUGAGGGACCGGACGGCCGCUCUUCUGUGCACGGCCUCAGGCCAGACAGGAGUGUUAAUGGUUUGGAAGGACACUUAAACCGUGAUUCGGCAGCUUCGUACGGCCUCGUACGUGAUUUGCCCAUCCUCCCGAGCCGUUUUGCCCGGUCGGAGCCGUGCCUUGAGCCCGGACCAUAUCUCCCAAGACCCGGCUAUGUUGAGGAGCAGUCGGUCGGCAACCUGUCAAAUCUACCACUGUCACUUAGGCAACCAUCGCCGGAACUCCGGCUGCAGGAGCAGUACGUUCAAGGGUUCGAUUUCUCUAGUCAGGCCACUCUGUUGCCAGCCGCCAACCUUGGCCACAAGCUCAACCGAUACCCAGUCGACCGGUACGAACAUAUCCAGCAAGCAGACCCUUCGCGUCGCAGUAUGGAGUCCUCUAGGACGCGUCACGGCCGACUUGGUCCUGCCUCCUCCGAACAGGUCAUCUCACAGUCGUUGCGACGCAGAAAACGUGAGUUUGUCCACCUCUUAUAG